CUAUCAGCCCUCUUUUCUCUCAAGACAGCUGAGGAAGUCAAUGAGAAGCUGAACGGCCUGAGGCUGGAGGAGUCAGCUGAUUUCAGAAAUGUCACUUUAAAGGAACCGAGAGGCUCAGCGACACCUCAGAGUGUCGACUGGAGGAAGCACGGCCUGGUCAGUCCGGUCCAAAACCAGGGGAUGUGCGGGUCCUGCUGGGCCUUCAGCUCUCUGGGGGCUCUCGAGGGUCAGAUGAAGAGGAGAACAGGAGUCCUGGUUCCCCUGAGUCCUCAGAACCUGGUGGACUGCAGCACCAGCGACGGGAACCAAGGCUGCAGAGGAGGAUACAUCUCCAAAUCCUUCAGCUACGUCAUCCGCAACCGAGGCGUGGACUCAGAGAGGUUUUACCCCUACGAACACCAGAACGGGAAGUGUCGGUAUUCACUCAGAGGAAAGGCCGGCUACUGCUCUGAUUUCCACAUCCUCCCUGGGGGGGAUGAGGGAGCUCUGCAGGCUGCCGUGGCGUCAGAGGGGCCGGUCGCUGUGGCCCUGAACGCCAUGCUGAAAUCCUUCCAUCUCUACAGAGGAG